GUUACAAUCUAAGAGAAAUAGAUUAUUGAGAUCUAUCAAAUUAGGCGAAAAUCGUUAUAAUCAUCUUCGAUUGAUGCGUUCUGGUGACUUUCCAGGUUUGUUAAUAUUUUUGUUAUUACAUUUCCCUUCAAUAUCACAUCUGUUAUCCAUUACUUAGUAGGUUUUAGCAUAAAGGGACAACUAUACAAUAAUAAUCUUUCAGUAGGUUGUAGCUAUACCUGUUUUAUAAUUAUGAGAUUUUAUUUAUCUUUUUUUAUUGUAAUAAUAGAGUUUGUGUCUAAUUUAGUUUUUUUUUUAUUGUAGUGGUUGAAGUGUUUGAUAUUGGAAAACCAUCAUAUAAAUGUGCAUAUUGUGGAGCAAUAAUGUGGAAGGGCGAAAGUACAAAAUCAACGAGGAAUUCCAAUCAACCAAAAUUUUCGUUGUGUUGCAGACAGGGUAAAGUGAAGCUCCCUCCUCGAAGACAACCGCCAGAGAUUUUGAAUAUGCUAUUGCAAGCAAACUCUUCAAUGGGACGUCACUUUUUGGAAUAUAUCAGAGGAUAUAAUGGGGUCUUAGCAUUCACUUCUAUUGGAGGUAAACUGGACCGCUCUAUAAAUGAUGGGCGAGGCGUCUAUGUAUAUUCAAUUGGAGGGCAAGUAUAUCACCGAAUCGGCAGCCUGAUACCUACUGAAAGGAACAGACCCAAAUUCGCUCAACUCUACAUAUAUGAUACUGCCAAUGAACUCCGAAACAGGUUAGACUUUUUCUCCACAGAUCCAGAUUCAAAUCCUUUGCGCGAAUCAAUUAUCCAACAAUUACAGGAGAUGCUAGAUUCAAGUAAUAUAUUGGUAAAGACAUUUCGAUAUGCAAGGGAUAGAUUGAAUGACAAUACUGUUCGACAAGUUGAAAUAAAGUUGCUUGCGAAAAGAGAAAGGGAUGGUAGAGAAUAUGAUUUGCCAUUAGCAAAUGAGGUCGCUGCGUUAAUUGUUGAUGAUACUGGUGAGCAAACAUUUUCUCCUGAUAUUGUUGUCCAGUAUCAAAGUCAUGAACUGGAACAAAUCAGUAUAUAUCAUCCAAGUUUGAUGGCUUUGCAAUAUCCCAUAUUAUUUCCACAUGGAGAAGAUGGUUGGCACCCAAAUAUUCCAUAUUUUGGGAAUGUGGAUGGGGAUGAGGAUGCAAAUGAAUAUAAUGAGAAGAAUGUGACUCAAUGUGAUUUCUACAGUUAUAAACUUCAGACCAGACUGGAAGAAUCAAAUGCAUUACUAUUGUGUGGAAAGCUGUUCCAACAGUAUGUCGUAAAUGCAUAUGCAUUGGUUGAGGCUGAGCGUUUGGAUUGGAUUAAAAACAACCAAACAAAGUUGCGACAACAUUACUACCAAGGUCUUUUGGAUUCUUACUUGAGAGGUGAUUCAGAUACCAGUAUGACUGGAAAACAGGUGAUUUUGGCUUCAUCACAUACAGGUAGUCCUCGAUAUAAGUAUGAAAGUUUCCAGGAUGCUAUGGCGAUUUGUAGAUGGGCAGGAUAUCCAGAUCUUUUCAUUACAUUUACAUGUAAUCCUGCUUGGCCCGAGAUCCAGUCCAUGCUUGAUUUGAUAAGGACUACUACUAGGAAAGAUCCUAAUAGAGCUGAUGUCUUCGCAAGAGUUUUCAAGCUAAAGCUACAUCAAUUGCUCAAAGAAAUUGUGGAGAAUAAAAUUUUCGGGAAAACGUGUGCAUGUAAGUUAUAUUCAAUACCUUUACUUUAAGCAUCUUGAAUUAGUGAACUGUUCGCGCACUAUAAUUUAUAUUUUGAAUUAUUAUUGACAAUUUAUUUCAUUGCAGAUGUAAUGGCAAUUGAAUUCCAAAAACGUGGCCUACCUCAUGCUCACUUAUUAGUCUUCCUAGCUCCAGAAGACAAGUUAUAUAGUCCUUCGGAAAUAGAUUCCAUCAUAUCUGCAGAAAUCCCAGAUCAAGCCACAGAUCCUGAAUGUUAUGAAGCAGUUUCAAACUUUAUGUUUCAUGGUCCAUGUGGCAUUCAAGGACCUAAAGCUCCAUGUACAACUAAUGGUGUGUGUUCUAAACAUUUUCCGAAGGAAUUCUGCAGCCAAACAACUAUUGAUAGCAAUGGUUUUGCAAGAUAUCGACGUAGGGAGAACAACAGAUCAUGUAUGAUUAAUGGGGUUUCACUAGAUAAUCGAUUUGUUGUUCCUUAUAACAGAUAUCUAUUGCUGCGAUUUCAAGCACACAUAAACGUCGAAUUUUGCAACAAAUCAAGGUUAGUAUUCAUCUGAUUCAUUCUUUUUUUUUUACGAUCAUCAUUGAAUUAAUCAUAUAUACAAUUUAAAUUACCGUUCCCCCUGUUGGUUCCUUUUCUUUUUCUCAAUAACCAUUUUUUCCUUCGUUAUUCAUAUUGUCAUCAUUGUACUACCAUAGUAGUAGUAGUAGGGAUAGACAUUCCAACUGCUAGGUUGAAUUAAUUAAAUAGAAACCAAUAUGAUUUAAUCCAGUUUGAAGAUUAUAUAUUUUUAUCAUAAGCGUGAAAUUGUUUAAGUGGAAAAGACAGAUUACAUAAAGUUAUAGCUAUAAAUGUUGUUUCUUUCUUCAAUGCUUACGCUUAAAUUCUUUGUUUCUAUAUAUUGGUCACUUUGUUUUGGUAAAUAGAACCAUAGUACGUUGUAACUCAAUUUAUGCCUCAAUGUAUUGCGUGAAUGGCCGAAAAUGUUAUCAUAUUAUCCCAUACAUCAAAUAUGGAAAUUUGAGCAUAUAUUAAUUUUUUAAAAUUGUUUAUUUAUGAGAAAUGGUUUACUGAAGUUGUCACAACUGUGAGGAGUCUGAUCAAUAUUAAGAUUAUAAUGUUUGGAGUCUUAUGCUUAACUUACUAAUUUGUUUAGGGCUAUCAAGUAUUUGUUCAAAUACAUCAACAAACCUGAAGACAGAGCAAUGGCGACUUUGGAAUCUAGAGCUGGUGAUAAUGGAGAACACCAUGACCAAGAAAAAUCGUCAGCAACAUGCGUUUGUAUUGAUGAGAUCAAAGCUUUUCUAGACUGUCGCUACAUCACAUCAGGUGAGGCAUGCUGGAGACUUUUUAAGUUUGACAUCAGCAGUAAUUCACCUUCUGUGUUGCGUAUGUCAUGUCACUUGCCUGGGCAGAAUAAAGUAGUUACAAAGGAGAAAGAAAAAAUUGAAAAAGCUAUUGAAAAAGAUGAAACAUCAAUGUUGUUGGCAUGGAUGGAAAUAAAUGCUCAUUCUUCAGAAGCACGAAAAUAUACCUUCGUGGAGUUUCCUCAGUAUUUUGUUUGGAAUCGGAAGUUGAAAAGGUGGCAGAUGAGGAAGGGCAAGGUUUGUAUUGGAAGAUUGUAUUAUUGUCCUCCAUCGGCCAACGAAAGAUUUUAUCUUCGUAUGUUGCUGCAUUUGGUCAGAGGUUGUCGUUCUUAUGAAGAUAUCAGAACAGUUAAUGGUGUUGUUCAUGAAUCCUUCCAAAAAGCAUGUUAUGCUCUUAGGUUAUUGGCAGAUGAUGAAGAGUGGAGUGACUGCUUGAAGGAAGUUGCCUUCUGGGGUUCUGGAUAUAAAGUAAGGAAUCUGUUUGUCACAAUUCUUAUGCACUGUCAAGUGUCUGAUGUGCAAUCUUUGUGGGAAAAGAAUUGGGAACUACUGAGCGAUGAUAUACUGUUCAAUCGAAGAAGGGAGUUGAAUUUACCCAAUUUGCAAUUAUCGACUGAUGAGAUCAAGGAUAUGUGCUUGGUGGAGAUUGAUAAAUUAUUGCAGAAACAGUGGAAGUCUCUUGCUGAUUUCCCAGGUUUGCCCAUUCCAUCUGGAACUUUGAGAUCAAAUUCUGGAAAUCGAAUGAUUGCCGAGGAGUUAAAUUACAAUUCAGAAGAUUUGAUGAAGGAGUUCAAUACAUUGUAUCCAAAAUUGAAUUCAGAACAGAUGAAGGCAUUCGAUGAAAUUAUUACAGCUGUGGAGGAAGGGAAUGGGAACUGCUUCUUUGUAGAUGGAUUUGGAGGUACAGGAAAGACAUUUCUGUGGAAAGUUAUAUGUUUGAAAUUGCGGGCAGAAAAGAAAAUUGUGUUGUGCGUUGCAUCUUCUGGUAUUGCAGCUUUACUAAUGGUUGGAGGAAGAACUGCCCAUUCUCGAUUUCACAUUCCAAUUGACUGUGACUCAAAAUCAACAUGUCAUAUUGAACAAGGGACUGAUCUAGCAGAGUUGCUUCAGAAUGCAUCUCUAAUUAUCUGGGAUGAAGCUCCUAUGGCUCAUAAGUACAAUAUUGAAGCAGUGGAUAGAACUCUCAGAGACAUUUUGCAUGUGAAAAAUUCAAACAGCAAGGACAUGAACUUUGGAGGAAUUUCCGUUGUGUUCGGUGGAGAUUUCCGGCAAACAUUGCCAGUAAUUGCUAAGGGAACCCGAGCAGAUAUUGUAAAUUCUUCUAUCAAGCGGUCGUACUUAUGGCCAUCACUGAAAGUAUUGAAGCUCUCCCAAAAUAUGAGAUUGUGCACAGAAAAUUGUGGGCCUGAAGAAGCCAUCCAGAUUGAAGAAUUCAGCAGGUGGAUUUUGCAGAUAGGUGAUGGAGUCGGUUCCAAUGUUUUUGGGGAGACAAUGAUCUCAAUUCCGACAUCUCUGAGCAGUCAAUGUGAAGGAGAUCCCAUUGCCGAUAUUGUCAAUGAGGUAUAUGGUGAUCUCCAUUUGAAUCACAGCGAAGCCACCUAUUUGGUUCAUCGAGCUAUAUUGGCUCCACAUCAUGAAAUGGUAUCGACGAUAAAUAAUUACAUGAUGGAAAGGUACCCAGGAGAUGAAGUCUGUUAUCAUAGUUCAGAUUCAAUUGAGGUUGAUCCUGGUAACAAGCAUCAUAUUGAGGGUGAUUAUUCUGUGGAGUUUCUCAAUACGUUGAAGAUCAGUAAUUUUCCAGACCAUUCUAUUAGGUUGAAAGUUGGAUGCCCUGUAAUAUUACUGAGAAAUAUGGAUCAAAGUACAGGUCUCUGCAAUGGCACAAGAAUGAUUGUCAAGAGGCUGGGCACGUGGUUCAUCGAAGUGGAAAUUCUGACAGGUACUCAUAUUGGCGACCGCAUAUUUCUACCUCGAAUUAAAUUGUCGACUCACUACAAAAGUCUGGAUUUCACUUUGGUCAGGAGACAGUAUCCCAUUGCAGUUUGCUUUGCUAUGACAAUUAACAAAAGUCAAGGGCAAACUUUGAAGCACGUCGGAUUAUGCUUGAAAAAACAAGUGUUCUCUCACGGCCAGCUUUAUGUUGCACUAUCACGAGUCACAACGCACCAUGGAAUGAAGAUUUUAAGUUGUGAUUCAGAAGGUGAAGAAUCAAAGACCAUGCAAAAUAUCGUGUUUGAGGAAAUUUUCCAUUAAUAUUGCAGAACUUGGAACAUAUUUGAACCCGAGAUGCCAUGUAAUUUAUGAUGUUUUUAAUGCAAUUACUUUCGGUAGGAUUGAAAAAUGGCCCUUAUAUUAAGCAUCGUACUUUGUUUGUCAUGCAUGGACAGUAACUUUUACUGGGGUGUCGACGUUUGAAUAAUGCAGGUGAUACCAUAGGAGGGUUGAGAAAUUGCUUAUAUUAAUCCACGUAUCUUUCACUUAAUUCUUUAUUAUUUUGUUCAUGGGGGAAACAAAGACACCUGAUGGUGUAAUAAUCAUUAACGACAAAUGGGUUAUUGUUAGAUCGAGGUUAUAUAUGAUUUUAACAGUAGUACUUGACUAAUAUCAAUUUGCUUCGUGAAAAUAUGGGUUUGGUUGACUUUUUACAUACCUCAUGAUCAUGAGUUCGGUUUGUUCAAAGAAAAAUUUACCCAACCUUUUUCGACUGAGCUUGGGUUGGGCCCUUUCGAAUGAGCCCAUUUUAUUUAAAAUAUUACAAGAUUUAAUUACGGUCCAGCCAAUAAAGUGACCCUGAAAGUUUUUUUUAAUUGAAAAAAUUGAUACACUUCUGCAUUUCGGAGUUGGAUUGGAGGUUGCUAUUUGGGAAUCGUCCCGUUUGAUUAGAGUAAUUAUUUGGGCUGUUAUAGAAAAAUUUUAUUCUUAUACUGCCAUGCCAAAUUAAUAUAUAUAUAGAGAGAGCAAUUACCAAGUUCACUCAACUGCCAAACACCUAGGACUAUUAAAAUAUAAUACUUAAAAGAACGAUCAUCUACUAAUACUUAUUAUUCAUACUAAUACUACUAAUAUAUAGUUAAUAAAAUAAAUUAUGGGUAAGUUAUGUAUAAAAUACGUACGGGUAUUUGACUUCAUCUCUAAACUAAUGGUAUGUUUAGUACAUCAAUUGUUAUAAAAUAUCUAAAUUAAAUCAUUUAUAGAAUAAAUUAAUCUAAAAAUAAUAGUUAAUUAAAUACUUAAUACGUACAGGUAUUUGACUUCAUCUCUAAUCUAAUGGUAUGCUUAGUAGAUCAAUUAUAUAAAAUAUAUAAAUUAAAUCAUUUAUAGAAUAAAUUCAUCUAAAAAUAAUAUUUAAUUGACUAUUUAAUUCAUUAAGACCUUCGGUUGGGUUUUUUUUGGAACAAGAAAAAAUAUAGUCCAUUUUUUACGACUGAUCUUGGGUUGGGCUAUUUUCGAAUGAGCCCAUUUUAUGAAAAUAUUAAAAGGUUAAAUUACGGCCCAGCCAAUAAAUAUUGUAUUCUUUGCAAAGAAUAAUUACUAAUUAGAAUAUUGUCUCACAUCUUUCGCACCAAACUCACGAGACCCCCACAUCAGUCCAAAUUCAUCCCUUACAUUAUUAUUAUUUUUCAAACUCUAAUCCUACUCUAUCAAGUUACGUGCAUUUACCAAAACUCAAAAUCCUAACCUAUUUUAUUGGGCAUCCCAUAUAAUUGAAUUAAUUAAUUGCCUGAUACAAAAUAAAAUGACAAUAAAUUGCAAUUGCAUUCCUACACUGCCACACCCACCGUGAAAUUCGCAAUAAAAUUACAUCAUUGUUAUUACGUUUGGUGUUUACUACAUUAUUAUUCCUUUAUUUUAUAUUCAAAUUAAAAUCCCAGUCCAACAAGGUAUGUGCGUGUACCGACUUCCAAAACAAUAAAUACAAGCCCCAAUU